AUGAGCCGUAUAGAACUAUAUGCUCACGAGAUCUAUACAGCUGCUCAACGAGGAAAUAUUGAACACUUGGAUAUUGCAUUAAUUAAUCGCAAAAAUAGAUAUGGCCUUAUUGCACUUAUGAUAUCUGUGGUUGGUAAUAAUGUGUUGGCAUUAAAAACGCUACUAUCAGCGAGUGCUGACCCUAAUGUAUCAAAUUACAAUUCCAGCUAUAUCACAGCACUGACCAUGGCGGUGGGAAAAAACAGAGUUGAGUGUGUUAAAGAACUGAUCAGGGCAGGAGCUUUCUUUACGUGUGAGCGAGGGUUGGAGGCUUUAAAGUUGGCGAGGGAUCACAACUUUUUGGAUGCUGUUGUGGAAGGGGAUGAAGCUAUGAAAAAAUAUGUAAAACAAGAUUCGGACAAAUGGGAAACGGCGUUUUAUAUAGCUUUCAAGAACAAAUGUUUUGAUUUAAUCACAGAGUUAGUAAACGCGGGCGGUUCUAUCAGUUUGAGGUCAUUCAAGUAUGAAGAUAUAACAGGAAAUACACAUUUGGCUACAUUGCUUAUGAACACAGCUAAAGUAAAUCUCAACGAAAGCUUUGAAAAUGGAGAGACUGCUUACACAGGCCCAUGUAAACUAUCACAGAUAGACAUGAUGAAAUUAUUUGUAGAUGCAGGCUCAGAUAUAAAUUGUGUAGAUACUCAUCACCGAACACCGUUUAUAAAUUCUAUUAGGGAAGUAAACUUUGAAACCACACAAUUUUUGUUAGAACAUGGAGCUGAUAUUUCAAAGGUGGACAUAGACGGAAUGACAGCCUUGAUGUGGGCAGCUAAAACGAACAACAGGAAUGUGCUUGACCUUCUACUUGACCUUAAGCCUGAGGUUAAUUGUGUUGACCUAAAACAUACGACAGCAUUAGCUCAUGCAGUGAUGAGCCGUAACGUUCAGAUUGUAGCCAAGUUGAUACAAGCUGGAGCUGAUGUUAACAUCGCAUCUAACUGCCAAGUAGAAUGCACUGCAAUCGUAUUUUACAAACAAAAUGAGUUAACCAAAUAUUUGCUUGAAUGUGGAGCUGAUGUAAACUUGAUAUGUGAUUCUCUAUGCUCGCCUUUAUUUGUUGCUGUUUUAAAUAACGACACGGAGCUUGUAAAGUUGUUGAUUAAACAGGGCGCGAUUGUCGACAAAGGCAGAGACUCGGAGCUAAUGGUUGCUCUUGAGUAUGGAAAUAUUGAAAUGGCGAUAGCUGUACUAGAAAUAGGAGCUAAUUCUUAUCUACGUGAUAAGAACAAUACACCGGCACUAAUGAUAGCUGUUGAGAUUUGCAAGCAGGGAUUUUUGUGUCUGUUUGUUGCCUACGAAGCUGAUGUGAAUGUCCAGAAUGUAAAAGGUGAGACGCCGUUAAUGAUGGCGUGUCGUCGUGGUAACGUUGAGGCUGUCAAGUACCUUCUCUCUGUUGGAGCUGAUGUUAAUGCAAAAUUAAUAUCGGCUGUAAAGGAACCCUGGCCAUUGGUCAAACUAGCUUUUAUUGAAGUCUCUACCUUACUUGGGCUUGGACCUAUGAGAGAAGAAAAACUAAAACAGACCAAACUCCCACCAAGAUUACAGCAAACGUUGAUGUUUCAAGAACCAAUAUCAAGAUUACCCGUAGAAGACUGGUCUAAAAUACCUCUUUGUUUUGACCCAGUACAGUACGAGACUUUACCCUGUCCUAGACCUUUACUCUACUACUGGCCUGUUGGUCACAAACUGGUUAACGAAGUGCUAUUACAAAGAUAA